CACGGUGUUCCGCCUUCUCCUCUGACAUCUUUGAUACGCACAUUAACCGUCAUCCUUCCUAUGGGAGGCGUGGUUCGCCUUUCCCUUCCUCUAAUAGUGUGGCCAACAACAAACAGUCUGAAAAUAGAAGAGUCGUUAUCGCUUCAAUCUUCAAAUUGGUAGGAUGAAUCCUGCAAGCUUUGCGCCUCCUAUUCGUUCGCCACGGCCAGCACUAUCGGGCGUGGGCAGCCCCAGCAGCACAUGCGCUUCUUCCCGUCGCCUAAUUGCACUGCGGUACCGGAACGCGUUCCAGCCGCCCAGAAGCCCUGCUCUGCCAACCCUGCCUUCACGACUGCACGUUGCGCCAAGCCCACACCACGAGCCAUGGAACCAAGGGCGCAAUAUCCAUACAACUGCGGCCUUUCAUACAUCUAGACAACCAGCAUCACCUGAGGCACAUGAGAGGCAGCACGAAGAAGAACAUUCCUCGACUCAGCUCAUCCUCUUGUUGACACUCUCGGUGGUGCUGCUCACACUUCCUUGGGUUGUGGACCAUCCGGCAACGCUCAUGGUACCGGUGGCGCUCCUCAUCCUACCCGUCACCUCUGGUGCUGUUCGCUCUCUUGUAUCCGAGGGUUUCGCCUUGCUUUCCGGUGGAGUGCAGUGGUUCUGGCGUCACCGUAGACAGCCCAGCCAUGGCGCGCCGCCUUCGCAGCCGGGGGUUUCACCAGCUCCCCCACGCAGGCCGCAGCCACCGCCCCAUCAUCAACCGCCAGCCCACGAUGUGUAUCACCCGGGCGCUGCUGCCUCCUCUUGGCAGUCACCCACUGGCCAAAGCUGCCCUGGCGUGCCGCAGCCUGAACCGCUGUACGUGCACGCCCGCCAGCAGCACCAUCCGCCACCCCACGGUUCCGGCUACCAUGCCCACUUGCCGACCGCACAAACCGCAAGCCCUCACCCAGCCGGUCUGGGCACACAGAUGCAGGCGCGGGAGCGGCAAUCCGCUGUUCGUCGCUCGCAGGCGGCGCUGCGUUCCAUGCAACCCACACAGGCU